ACAUGCCUGUCAUUCCGAAUUAAUCCUCGAAUUCAAGAUAGUAGGAAUUGUGAUCGUAAAUGAAGAUGGAGGUGUACGUUGAUAAAUGAUUUAGAUUAGUAAUUGAUAGCUACCCAUAUGCCUGGACGGAACAAUAGUGGACUUGGAGACAAAGGAAAUCUCGAGAUAGCAUGAUAGUAGAGGUGUGUCCACAGCAGAUGACGGAAGAUGUUGGCUAUGAACCAAGGAGUGGUGGAGGAAUGGCUGUCAGAGUUUAAGACCCUUCCUGACAGUGCAGUGUCCAGCUACGCAGCGUCUCUGAAGGAGAAAGGCUCCCUGGUCCCAGCGCUCUACAAAGUCAUCAGAGAGAACUACAGUGACCUGUUGGAACCCGUGUGUCACCAGCUGUUUGAGUUCUACCGUAGCGGGGAGCUUUGGCUGCAGCGGUUUGUGCUGCAGUUCCUCCCUGAGCUGCUCUGGUCCCUCCUCCUGGCUCCGUCUGCAGCCAGGGACCCACACACCUCAGGCUGUAUAGAGGCCCUGCUACUGGGGAUAUACAACCUGGAGAUCGUAGAUAAGGAUGGACAGAGUAAAGUCCUCUCUUUCACUGUCCCCUCCCUCUCCAAACCCUCAGUUUACCACGAGCCCUCCCACAUUGGCUCCCUGGCGUUGACUGAAGGGGCUUUAGCCAAUCACGGGCUGAGUAGAGUGGUGUACAGCGGGCCUCACCUACAGAGAGAAACAUUCACUGCUCAGAACAGGUUCGAGGUGCUGACCUUCCUGCUGUUGAGUUACAAUGCGUCCCUCAGUUACAUGUCCUCCUCCUCUCUGCAGUCCCUCUGCCAGCUCAGCUCCAGGGUGUGUAUCUGUGGUUUCCCACGACAACAUUUGAGGAGGUAUAAAGGCAUCAGCUCUCGUCUGACCGUCACCUCUGACUUCCUGGUUCAACUCGUCACUGGGAUACACUACGCACUGUGUAAUGGGGAGAUGGACCUGGGUUCCAAGGCGCUGGAUGAUGUUCUGUACCGAGCUCAGCUAGAAUUGUUCCCUGAAGCUCUACUGGUGGGUAAUGCCAUCAAGUCGUCCCAACAGUGUGCAGCGCUAAAGUCUGGCGCUAGUAAAGAAGGAACUCGCAUCAUUCAGGUGGAGAUGACUCCUACUUCGUCUAGGAUCUCACGGAACGCAGUCACAUCACUCUCUAUCAGAGGACACCGCUGGAAACGACAUGACGCAGUGGAUUUGGGUUCCCCGGACGAGUUGAUGGAUAUCUCGGAAGUGGACGAAGGGGUGUGGGCUAAAAGAGGGUCCGGCCCGGACUACCUGACUCCGCCCACUAUCACUAUCAGCAACAGUAUCACCCCUGGGGUGGGAGGGACCAAGACAGGAAGCAGGAAGUGGCAUUUAGGCGGACGGUCGCAUAAGGAGAAGGAGACUUGUACUCCAGGGGGGCAGUCCUUGAUCGAGAACCUGGAUCUGUCAAUCAAACGUCUGACGCUGACGUCCAGCCAAUCGGUGCCCAAGGGGCCGAGCCAUAGCGCUCUAAGCAGCCUAUCGCGCACAGCCAGCGCCGUGUUCUCCCGCUCCUUCGAAGGAAACAACACUGGAGGUAACCGUGGUAACCCAGAGGCUGGCCGCUAUUCAUGCAGUGGCAGUCUACAGGAGGAGGAGCUAGGCUAUAUAAGCCCCUCCCACACCCAGCGCUCGCCAAGCAUCAGGGUGCACUUUAGGAGUGACCUGUGAACCCUGAUAUUUAACCCUUGACUUCUCACCACCCAUCUAAACCCUCUAACCCCAUGCCCCUGUACCUUUUGAUCUGGACUCCCAGCCUGCCAGUGGGACUGGAACCCAAACUCAUUAACACAUGCCCUCCCUUCUUUCCUCUCCACACCAUUCUUCAUCUCCCCCACCUCUUCUUCUCCAGUAGGACAGCUUCUCACCUCCAAAGGCCGGCUCCUCUCCUCCCCCUCCUCUCUCCCCAAAGCAAGAGCCUGGUGUGAGAGAGCCGGGAGCCUGGGUCCAGCCCUCAUCCCUGGAGUUAUUGAACCACCCCCCCCUGGUGGUAACUAGACAGAACUGCAGACUGGACAGAGUGACUCAUUACAGCUGUUUUUGUAAAAGGUUUGGAAAUUGAGUAUUUUAAGAGACUCCUGUUUGUCCUGCUUGGCUUUCCAUUCAUCCCUCCUGACCAUGCCCCUGGUGUGUGUGUGUGUGUGUGUGUGUGUGUGUGAGAGAGAAUGAAUGGGAGAGUUUAGAGCCCCCAACCCCUUCCAAUCCGCACCCCAAUGGUAAUCCUGUACUCCUACCCAUCAUGCACUAGGGUUUGAACAACCCCAACACAAUGCCAAGUUCACACUCCUGUUGCCAUAGCAUCCCACGAAACGAUUAAACGACAGAUUGCUAAAUUGUAGAAACCUCUCAAAAAAUGAUGAAUGUCGUAAAUGUCUGAAAAGUAUUGAUUGAUGUUAUCCUAUUAGAAGCAAUAUUUUCUCACUGAUCUCAUCAAUAAACAAGCUUAUUGGGGGUUGUAUGUUUCAGAUCAAUAAGUUGAUUGGGGUGAGUUUGUUUUAAUGUUUGUUUUGAUGAUGUAUGAACUGUUUUUGUAAACUGUGGUAUGUUCCAAUGACGAAGAGAGAGACUAGGGUUUUUUAAAGAUACACUGCAAUAUGACACCAUCAUACACAGUGGGGUGACUUCCUGCUAACAGUAUUGAUAUAAGUGUAACAGUGAAUCCCAAACCCUCACCCCUGCCAACUCGCUUGGAGGACACUCCGUUUGGCACAUGUUGCUUUCGAAGAGUGGCGAGGGUGACUUCCAGAGAGUGGCGAGGGAUCACUAAACCCAUCAACUUCGGGACACGCUCGUGACUUGAAUGAUGUAAUUCAUGUUCCAUGUUUAAAUAAUUAAAUGAGCAUGACAUUUUAAAUGAACAAAUCCCCCUGUUGUUUUACAAGAUAUAUAAACCUCAGUAACAGUUAAAUGUUUAAUUUGUGAGGUUUUUCCUCUGUUACAUGUGUCAAUCAGACAAACAAACAACUGCAAAGGGACUUAUAAUUGGGCACGCCUCUCCAGUCUUUUGUAUCAAGUUGCGGUGUGUGUCGGGAUAGCACUUCGCUCUGCAGCCUUGCUGGCUUGGCCAACGCGCCUAUCUGAGGGUCUAAUUAGCCCCUAACCCCUCGAUUUAAUUUCCACUCCCUCAGCUUUGGGACACUUGUGCAUACAGUAUGGCGGAGGCAUGUGUGAACACUCAAAUGAAGGGAGUGAUUCAGCCUAUGUAGUAGCAGGAAGUCACCCCACCGUGUAUGCUGAUGUCAUAUUGCAGAGUCUACCUUUUAACUGUGGUGUUCUAUGUACAGCAGACAAAGUCCGGUUAUAAAUGUGGCAUUUUCCUACGAGACCAGAUAGUUGUUUUUUUAGCAGUGUUGAAUUCCUUCAGUGUUAAAGCACAAGAAAACCCAACCCUGCACGACCACAAUCCCAAACAUUCUCCUGGGCGUAGGAAGAGGGGCUAUAGGGGCGUAUGAGGAGGGGCUAUAGGGGCGUAGGAGGAGGGGCUAUAGGGGCGUAGGAGGAGGGGCUAUAGGGGCGUAGGAGGAGGGGCUAUAGGGGCGUAGGAGGAGGGGCUAUAGGGGCGUAGGAGGAGCGGCUAUAGGGGCGUAGGAGGAGGGACUAUAGGGGCGUAGGAGAUGGGGCUAUAGGGGCUAGGGAGGAGCGACUAUAGGGGCUAGGGAGGAGCGACUAUAGGGGUGUAGGAGGAGGGGCUAUAGGGGUGUAGGAGUAGGGGCUUAGGAGGAGCGGCUAUAGGGGCUAGGGAGGAGCGGCUAUAGGGGCUUGGGAGGAGCGGCUAUAGGGGCGUAGGAGGAGCGGCUAUAGGGGCGUAGGAGGAGCGGCUAUAGGGGCUUGGGAGGAGCGGCUAUAGGGGCUUGGGAGGAGCGGCUAUAGGGGCGUAGGAGUGGCUAUAGGGGCGUAGGAGGAGUGGCUAUAGGGGCGUAGGAGGAGUGGCUAUAGGGGCGUAGGAGGAGUGGCUAUAGGGGCGUAGGAGGAGUGGCUAUAGGGGCUUGGGAGGAGCGGCUAUAGGGGCUAGGGAGGAGCGGCUAUAGGGGCUUGGGAGGAGCGGCUAUAGGGGCUUGGGAGGAGCGGCUAUAGGGGCGUGGGAGGAGCGGCUAUAGCGGCGUGGGAGGAGUGGCUAUAGCGGCGUGGGAGGAGUGGCUAUAGGGGCUUGGGAGGAGCGGCUAUAGGGGCUUGGGAGGAGUGGCUAUAGGGGCUUGGGAAUUUGGAGUAGGCCUAUUCAAGCUAGGGUUGAUCUUUAUUGAUUGAUUGGUCUUUAAUUAAUCUGUUCUCUGGUCUAUCAUAACCUGCUUUAUUUACAUUUAAGUCAUUUAGCAGACGCUCUUAUCCAGAGCGACUUACAAAUUGGUGCAUUCACCUUAUAAUGUAAUACACACAAAUAUCACCCUUGAGGAGAGGUGUACUGCUGACUAGCAGAACAAUAAAGUCAAAGUCACACUCUUCUCCAUUUUGGUUGCAAUAAAGUUCACCGCGGUAAAGAUGGAGAGAAGUGUUGGGAGCAUAGAAAUAGAAUGAAUUGAACGGACUUGGAAGCUCUAACCCUGGCAAUUUGGUUGGUAAACUCAUGGGUACACUUGCAAUGGCUGCCUGGUAUUGUGAUGCAAUCAUUUUCAAAGUAAUGUAGAAUGUUCAUUUAAAUUGUUAACUGAUGUGGCUCAUGCAAUGGAAUGUAUUUUUUUGUAAUGUCAGUUGAGUUUUAACAAAUCACAGCACAUAUUGAUGUUUACACUUCCUGCUUUUACUUCAUGCUUUGUGCCUAUGGGUACACUUGCAAUGUCCGCCAGUCCAUCCAUUAUGCCAUCAUUGACUUGAAUUGUGACAUCCGUUCUAUUCAUUUUAUUUCUAUGAUUAGGAGUCCAUAGAUCAGACAGAACAGUGUUGUUUCCUACUGGAGAUCUGAAUGCAGAAUAAAGUCUACCCCUCUGGAACCUUUUGUGUUCUAGAACCAGAAUUCUAUCAUAACCAGAGUUCUGUCCGUCAGUGUUCUAGAUCUGUUUUAUAUUCAUAUGGUGGAACGAUAACAAUCAUGUUUCUGUAUUGUGUUGUUUUACGCUAUGUCAUGAAUCUGUACAUAUUGAUGGACUUCAAUUGUUUGGGAUUUUCUGUCUGAAGAUAAUUUACUGGUAGAGAUACUCUCUCUGAGAAUAAAGUAUUUCUAUAUUUCACAAUA